AUGAACCUGACGGAGUUUAAUCAGUCAGAUCGCUGUGAGCAUUUCUCCUGUCCAGAGAGAUCUGUAUCUCCUGCAGUUUAUAUCUUACUGUACGUGUGUUCAGCUGCUGUGGUUCUGCUAACAGUGUGUGGAAAUCUGCUGGUCAUCAUCUCUGUUCUUCACUUCAAGCAGCUUCACACACCAACCAACAUGCUGGUGCUCUCUCUGGCCGUGUCAGAUUUCUUUGUUGGUGCUUUAGUGAUGCCAUCAAUGUUCAUCUGGACAAUUGAGUCAUGCUGGAUUUUUGGAAGAGAUUUCUGUACCGUUUUUUGGUUAAUUUGUGGUUUCCUCUUAAUUUCAUCAAUCUAUAAUAUUGCCCUGAUUGCUGUAGAUCGGUAUUUGGCUCUCUCAGACCCCUUUCUCUACAUGAACAGAGUCUCUGUGAGGAUCACUUGCGUUCUAAUUGUUUUUUCCUGGUGUUUGAUGGUGAUCUAUAUCUUAGCAUUCAUGUAUUUCAAUGGAAACUUCACAAUUUCUGUAAUGUGUCCUGGAGAAUGUUUCAUCAUUGUGAAUGAGUAUUGGUAUAUAAUCGAUCUUUUAUUUUCAUUUAUAUUUCCACUUUCUGUCAUAAUCAUAUUGUAUAGUCAGGUUUUUGUGAUUGCUAAGAAACAUGCUACUGCUAUCAGAGAGCUUAAUAAUCACACACGACCUAAAACACAGAAAAUCACCUCACACUCCAUGAAAUCUGAGAGAAAAGCAGCUAAAGUCCUCGGCAUUUUAGUGUCUGUGUUUCUGAUGUGUUUACUUCCAUAUUUUAUUUACAGUUUUUUAAGUAAUGUCAUUGAACUACAGAGAGAAACAUUUCAAUCCAUCUCAAUCUUAUUUUGUCUUAAUUCCACCAUUAAUCCAGUUAUUUAUUCUCUGUUUUAUCCAUGGUUUAGGAGGUGCAUUAAAUUAAUGAUAAGUCUGCAAAUAUUUCAAACAGACUCUGCAUUAAUAAAAGUCUUUUUAUGA